AUGUGGCUGCUAGUGGUCGCAUUCCUCUUAAUCGCCUUCUACUACUACGGGACGAGGAAUUUCGACUACUGGAAGAAGCGCGGCAUAAAGUAUGACGAGCCUAUCAUCUUCUUCGGCAGCAACCUCACGCACAUCAUCAAGAGGCACAGCCUGUCCGAGAGAUUCGCCGAACUGCACAACCGAUUCCCCAAUGAAAAAUUCGUCGGCUACUUCGAGUCGAAUAACCCGGCGCUAUUGAUCAGAGACCCGGAUAUGAUCAAAGCGGUCCUGGUGACGGACUUCAAGCAUUUCUACCGUCGCGGCGUGAGCCCGCACACCAAUGACAUCGAGCCGCUGAUGAAGAACCUCUUCACGGUGGACGGAGACGCGUGGAAACUCCUCAGACAGAGGAUGACAUCAGCCUUUUCCAGCGCAAAGCUUAAAGCCAUGUUUCCGCUGAUCGUAGAGAGAACAGAGAAGCUGAUAAAAAUCGUCGAUCAAAUAGCUGAAACCGGAGAGGAAGUCGACGUUAGGAACUUAAUGGCCCGAUACACGACGGACUUCAUCGGCGCCUGCGGCUUUGGAAUUGACUCUAAAACACUGGACGACGACAACAAUGACUUCAGACAGCUCGGCAGACGCAUCUUUACGAUUACUAAACGCGACAUCGUGGUUAACGUUCUGAAGCGCACGUUCCCCAAUGUGGAUUUGUUCAGGUACCUCCACUUUUUCCCGGAAGAAGUCGAAAGAAAGAAUCUGUCGCUAGUCCAACAGAUCAUGUCCCAGAGGAACUACAAGCCGUCAGGUAGAAACGACUUCGUCGAUAUGAUGCUCGAGUUGAAACAGAAGGGCAAAAUGGUGGGAGAAUCGAUAGAAAAGAGAAACCCAGACGGAUCUCCCAAGAUUAUUGAGUUGGAAUUGGACGACGUUUUGAUAGCGGCUCAGGUGUUCGUAUUCUUCGCUGCCGGUUUUGAAACGUCCUCGUCGUCGAGUAGUUUUCUGCUACAUCUCCUGGCUUUCCAUCCGGAGGAACAGGAACUGGUACAAAAGGAAAUCGAUGAGGUGAUUGCCAGAUACGACGGAAAACUUUGCUACGAUGCCGUGAAGGAUAUGAAGUAUUUGGAAAUGGCAUUUAAAGAGAGCAACCGCGUCUUCGCAUCCCCCGGUUUCCUGAUCCGGAAAACAGUUGGCAGAUACACCUUCCCAGGCACGAACCUCACGAUAGAAGACAGAACUGGAGUCGUCAUCUCAACCCAGGCGUUGUACGCAGAUGAGAAGUACUUCGAGGACCCUGAAAGCUUCAAGCCCAUGAGAUUCCACCCUGAUAACGUGGAUAAGAUGAAUAGGAAUGUAUUUCUACCUUUUGGUGAUGGACCACGAGCGUGUAUAGGUGAACGCCUAGGGAUAAUGCAAGCUUUGGCUGGCGUCGCUGCUGUCCUCCACAAUUUCUCCGUGGUCCCAUCGAAGAGCACGAAGCGUUAUCCACCGAUAGACCCCACGUCCACACUCAUUCAAAACGUACUUGGUGGGUUGCCAUUGUCGCUGCAGAAGAGGAAGAAGGUUCAGUAA